AUGAAAGUCAAACGGAGUCUAGACGUGAGGCUCGUAGCCUUGUAUACUACUUGUCUACUCCUACCCGCAAUCGCAUGCCCAAAUCAAUGCGUAUGCAAGUGGAAAAAUGGAAAACGAUACGUCGAAUGUACGGAUAAGGAUCUAAAGGCGAUCCCUAAUUCGCUGGAUACAGAAACUCAAGUGCUCGACUUCACCGGCAAUGAUUUGCAAGUUUUACAAAAGGAGACUUUCCAUAAAUUGGGAUUAUUAGACUUACAGAAAAUUUAUCUGCAGAAAUGUCGAUUGCAGAAAAUCGAUAACCACGCCUUUAGGGGUCUCGCGAAUCUUGUCGAGUUGGACCUGUCGAAUAAUUACAUUACAGUGAUUCCGUCGAGCAACUUCAUCUUCUUCCCAUCACUAAUGCGACUUUCUUUAAAUAACAAUCCUAUCACCGCCAUAAAGACUCACUGCUUCCAACAUCUCUCUUAUUUGAAUACAUUAGAAUUGAGCAGCUGUAAGAUCGAGACUAUCGAACCCGAGGCGUUCUCAGGACUGAAACAUUUGGAAUGGCUGAGGUUGAACGAUAAUAGAUUAUCAAAUAUUCAAGGUGAUAAUUUAUUUCCCGAUACGCUCCGGGGUAUUGAUCUCCAAAACAAUAAUUGGAAUUGCGAUUGUAAUUUACGAGAUUUACAUAACUGGCUAUCCAACUUCAAUAUGCCGCAUACCGUUGAGCCCAUCUGCUCACUACCUGAACGUUUAAAAAAAAGGACCAUCACGAGCAUAAAUGAAUUUGAUCUGGCUUGCUUGCCGAAACUGACCCCUACAUCUGUGUAUCUAGAGACUAACGUCGGGAAUAAUGUGUCCCUCGAGUGUAUCGUCAAAGCCGUGCCGGAGGCCAAAAUACAAUGGUUCUAUCAAGGCCAACUUAUUCGGAAUUAUUCAACUUCCGCCGCCGAACCGCAUCACGUAUUUUACGUUGAGAACGGUGUCAUAGAUAAAAAGAGUGAAUUGUACAUAUUCAAUAUCGGCAACGAUGAUAAUGGCACUUACGCGUGUAUCGCGGAAAAUUCCGCUGGCAAAGUUCGUGCGAACUACACGAUUAAAAUCCUCGUGAAAGAGGAACCCGUCGUUAUUGUAGUCACGUUCCCACAUCGGCAUUUAGUCGUGAUAAUAACUGUUAUAUUUCUAAUAAUUGUAUUAUUAAUAGCAAUAAUAGCAGUUGUGUUGUUAAAAUUUAAGACAGACACUAGAAGUCGUAAGAAGAAAGAGAGUGGUAAGGAUGUGGCUUUAUGCAACCAAAUCUUACCUUCUAGUAGAAGCAAUGGAUCAUUACCAAAGAAUAACGGUAGCGUAAUAGUGAACGCUCAUUCACAUCACGCCCUGCACUACACAGUGCAGACGAACCGAGAUUACGAGUCGAGCGAUGCAUACCAAAGCAAUAAUAUGAAAGGCUUUGUCGACAGAAAUCCUGACCUAAUUAGUGACGCAGAAACUGUCGCUAACAAUACACAAAAUGAGAACACCGCUCUUUCGGUAUACAAAACGCACACUGGAAAUGACACUUUCGAAGAAGAGACCGCAUUUAACACACCGGCGGUGCCACGACAGGUCACGUGGCAAGAUCAACAGAAUUUGACGAGCAUGCCUCCCAUGAGUAUGCCACCUAAUGCAAUGUAUCAACACUCAGCGGACGUUCACCUCAACCCGGGUUGUUUUUUAGACAACGAAGGCUAUCCUUACGAUUAUGGUCUUCCGAAACACCCGUGUCGACCAGGAAUGAUGUCAAAUUACUCAGUCGUUGGACCAUUUUAUCAAACGUUACCUCAUAACAGACCGAAAGGACAAAAGUUAGUGUGUAAAUUCGCGAAAGAUAACGAGUUCAACGCGACGCCGCCGACAUGCCCUAAUUUCGAAGUGUUCAACGCCACGAAUGUAAGACGCACUUUAGAAGGUUACCCAGUUCCGAGAAAUCGUCAGAUAGCAUUUGUUGGAAAUGGGACCGUGUAUUAUAACGAAGAGUUCGUACCUUCUCCGCCGGAAGGAUACAAAACUGAGUCUGUCCAGUGCUGCGUACCGACCGAGACAUGUUCGAACUGGAAUCCGAAAGGAACGUGUGCUGUGAUGGUUCCGAUGGGUAUGCCAGAGGGUCCCGGGAGGUGUUACCAGGUGGAAACUAGGUGUGUCGACACGCAGACAACGGACGCUCGGAUGCCGGGCGAGGGGACGGAGAGCGUUCUGAAACCACUGCCUCAAGUGUCAAACGCGAAGUGUGUUUCUGAUAUGUGUUCCGAAAGCCCCGACGAGGGUUACGUCGGCGAUGCUAACGACAUCUGACGUCGUCGCCGGAACGAUAACGCGUAAACAGGGCUGUCUAGACGCUAACAAAGUGAUAAAGCGACUGAUAUGAAAAUAUAAGCAAGUAAGAAUUAAUAUAAGCUAAAUGAAAUUACGCGGAUAGAACUUCUGUGUAUCGUGCACAAUCAUUCGAAUUUAGAAUUAAAAAUUAUGUAAAUCGUAAUGUUUUGUACGUACCCGUUUCUAUUAUAUUUUUAUAGGCGAUUAAAUAUUAAGCUGUAAUGUCCCGACCCAAUAACUCCCUGUCGAACUAACAAGAUUUUAUUUCAU